UCUCUCCACCGCAUCAUUCAAGCAGAAGACUCAGUGAAAUUAUCGUACCAAAGGGAAUGGGAGCUAUUCAAGUGAGUCCAGUGGGAGUUUCGAGAACGAAUGGUGAAAUCAAAAUAAGCAAUGUGAUGGGGGCCUCCAAAAUGAGCAAGAAGAAUGAUAAGGUGCCACCAACUAUUUAUCCAUCUCCCAAGCCUCCUGUGAAGAAAGCUUUGAGCACAAAUCCUGGAAACUCUAGGAAUCCAAAAAACAUGUCCCAUCCGAUGAUUGAAACCAGUGCCAAAAAAGUUGAGACUGAGCAACCUAGCUAUGAAAAAGUUCCAGAGAAGACUUUGUAUGUCAUUGAACCGAAUGCUGAGAAUCAAACCAUGGGCCUUGCAGAGAAUGGAGGUGGCCAAAUUGGUGCAGAUGUCUCCCUUUCACCGCCAUCUCCAGAGAACGAAAAACUGAGAAAUCCUCAACCAUUCACAACUCAAUUAUCUUCAUCUGCACCUCUAUCCUCAAAUAACAAAGACUUGAGGCGUACUCAGAAUGCUACUUCUAACAAGAAGUCAUCGUCAUUUUCCAAAAAGUCGUCUUCAUUGAUCUUGCUUUCAUCAAAGUCCUUGCGUAGUACCCAAAAUGGUUCCAUCCGUACUUGCAAAAGUGAAAAACAAAUUCCAGAUCCAAAAAUUGAUACCAAGAGCAGGCCUAAGAGAGUUGGAAGGAUUAUCUCAGAAGAUAGAGACUGCUCACCCCAAAAGCUCAAAUUCAGGAGAGGAAAGGUGGUUGACAUCCAAAGCAUAAACAGGAGUCCAAGGAGACUCAGAUUUAGGCAGCAAAAAAUACUAUCGGAGAACCAAAAUGAUAAGCCUGCUACCAAAACGAGAAGCUUAAGGGAUGUAGUUAGUGAUGGCGAGUCAAAAGGUACUAAAUCCGAAUCUGUGAAAGUUGUUCUUCGACACCAAAUUGUGGAAGGAAGAAAAGAUACUCAGAGUUUGUUUAAUAAUGUGAUUGAAGAGACAGCUAGCAAGCUUGUCCAGACCAGGAAGAGUAAGGUUAAGGCUUUGGUGGGUGCUUUUGAAACUGUAAUCUCUCUUCAGGAUAGAAAACCCCAGCCAGCAAUUAGUACAUCCUGAGUUAUCAGUUUCUAUCUGUUGUUUGGCAUAUAGCAAUUGAGUAUACAAUGAUCGGUACUUCCUGUAACCACUUGAAGAGUUGCGGGAUUCAUGUUCUAGUAAUUGGACAUGAUAACUGUGUAGUACUUAUCACAUAAAAAAUAAGAAACAGAAGUAUUAUGUAAGGAUUCCUGAUAACCGGCAUGCUGAAGGUGACAUCUUACUUUAGUAACAUCCUUUGGAAGGCGAAAAUGGAAAGAGUUUCAAAUG